UCCCAUAUUAAGGCAGACUUUUUCCUUCAGGUCGGUGUUCAUGGUAUUUGGAUUGAAUUUGUCGAUGAUCAUAAUCGUCGUAGAACUGCUACAUACUUGCCAGAGGUUGCGGAGGAACAAGGUUGGACCAAGGAAGAAGCCAUUGAUUCUCUUCUCCGUAAAAGCGGGCAUAGCGGCAGAAUAACCGAUAAAAUUCGUAAUCGUAUCGUUCUCACACGUUAUCAAAGCGCCAAGUAUAGUAUAACUUAUGAAGAGUAUCUUCAGUACAACAACAAUUCUAACAGCGAAAUCAAUAAAGUCGAAUUACCCAAGCAUAAAUUGAUUAUUGAUGGUUUCGACGCCGAGGAAUUAAACUAG